CUUCAUCUGUGCUCAGUUUCUCACAAACACCAUCUCUGUUUGUCUCUCAAGAUUCUCUUGCGUUUGCUAUCUUUCUGUGUGGCUAAGCAUUUUAGGAUCAGAUCUGGCAUUUCAAUAGUAGGCUUUGGGGGCAUAGGCAAGACAACAUUAGCAAAAUCAAUAUGCAAUACGAGAGCCGGCUCUGGUAAAGCUGCAGCCGGCUCUAGUGAAAUGGAAUGCAGAAAGCCGGCUCUGGAAGCUGCAGCCGGCUCUACAGGCAAAAAUUUGAAGACCGUUGUUUGGCGCGCGCGGAGAAAAGGCGCAAAGCCGGCUCUGACUUUGUAGCCGGCUGUGAGGAUGCAUUUAAUACACAACGGUCGAGUCAUUUGAAGAUUAUUAAUGUAUUUAAAGUCGGAGUUGCAAAGCCGGCUCAAAGUUGUGCAGCCGGCUCUCGAGGAAAACAGAAUGUGCUGCAGACCCGGAUAGCCGGCUCUGGAAAUGUAAGCCGGCUCUUCAGAGCCGGCUCUAAUAUGUUAAGCCGGCUCUCCUGACAAUUCUGCAGCUCGAGCUUUGUGUCCUGCAGAGCAUUUAAUGACCCCCAACGGCUAGAAACGGCCAUUUUCGAGCAAGGGGCUAUAAAUAUGGUUGGUAACA